AUGACAAAAGAUGAAAUUAAAGACUCCGCUUGUGAUCAGUUAAUCAAACAAGGUGAAACUUCAGAACAAGAGCAAAGAGCAGAAUUGAGAGAACGCUUCUUGAGGUUGAUGUCUUUUUUAGGAGGCAAACAGAUAGAGCUCGAUAUGCACGAACGUACUCAAGUGACAGGUAAAUUUUGUGCUGUAAAGGCAGAUCAAACCCAUUACAUCGUUGAUGCACUGAUUACACCAAUCGGUCUGAUCAAUCAUGCUAUUUUGAGGAUGAAUGAUACAAUCAUGAUCUCAACCAAUGAUCUAAGUGAACUGUCAGAUUCCAAAAUUCCCAUUUAG